UCCUCCAUUCACAAAAAAGUCCGAUAAUGGCUUGUUUAAAGGCGGUAACUGGUGGUUGGUUACUGGUCGUGACGAUGUUUUGGGUGGCGUCAAAGUCAAAAACCUCAGCCAGUGUGGACUGUGUGACCGUGACCACCCUCAUAUCAACAUGCUCCGCUUUUGUAACAUAUGGGUCCCCUGACCCGUAUCCGGGGUCCCCUUGUUGUGAUGCGGUAUCUAGCCUCAAUAACCUCGGCGACUCAGAAGAAAACAAGCGAGCGUUAUGUAUGUGCAUGAUGGGCGUUAUUACUACUUACAAUCCAAAUGCCACCGCCAUUGCUACCUUACCCGGUUUCUGUGGCGUUUCACUCGGUUUUACCAUCGAUCCGAACACCGAUUGCAACUAG